AUGCGGCGAGAUUCCUGGGUUCAGGUUCAUCCCUUCUUGCUGCUUGCGGUGAUCAGGACACGACAGGAGGACUACGACGGUUGCCCGCCUGGCGUUGGCAGCUCGGUGAGCAUCAUGGCGGACAGCGUGCAGUAUGCCCUCGAUCGCAUGGUCGUAGAUCUGGAGGACCUGAGAUGUCGAGGGAUAUUCUCGGAGGCCGAGGUCCGCGCCAUCGUCUCGAGGAGGAAGGGCUUCGAGUACAUGCUUCGGCGACACGAGGCUCGCCGCCUGGACUACAUGCGCUACGUCGAGUACGAGCUCAACCUCGAGUCCCUGCGCGCCCUGCGCACGAGACGGGUCGAGGGCGGCGCCAGCGGUGGCCAGCAGCGCAACGAGAAGAAGAAGACCAAGAAGGGGAAGGCCGCCACGGCCGACUUCUGCUGCGUACGCCUGGUGCGGUGGAUCUUCGACCGCGCCGUAAUGAAGUUUCCCGGGGACGUGGACAUCUGGCUUCACUACAUCGACUUCACCGCCCGUCAGGGACAGAGCAAGGUGCGGGGGGGGGGGGGGG